CCCCGCACUCAUGCGCGCCCGGCGGCGGCUGGGCUCGGGCCGUCGGCCCCGGAGACAGACCCGCCCGAGCGCAGCCACACGCACUUCCGUGCGUCUGCCUCUGACAUCAUCCGCUGCGAAGUUACAGAUAUGGCAAUGCCACGGUCGGCGGCAGCUCAGUCCUCCCGAGACGGACGGAGCAGAGCCACCGCCGGUCAUGUCGCUCACCUGCUCGGCCAAAGACCACAAGGGCACGAGUCAGCCCCCCGCGGUCGGACAGAAGCGACCGCGCAGCGACGCGGGGAACAAAGUGACGGUCGUGCUCGGUGCGCAGUGGGGAGAUGAGGGCAAAGGAAAGGUCGUCGACUUACUGGCGACUGAGGCCGACGUUGUCUGCAGAUGUCAGGGGGGCAACAAUGCCGGACACACGGUGGUAGUGGAUGGCAAAGAGUACGACUUCCACCUCCUCCCAAGUGGAAUCAUCAACCCCAAAAGCACGUCGCUCAUUGGUAAUGGAGUGGUCAUACAUCUACCUGGCCUGUUUGAGGAAGGGGAUAAAAAUGAAAAGAAAGGUCUGCGAGGCUGGGAGAAGAGACUGAUUGUCUCGGACAGAGCUCACCUCGUUUUUGAUUUCCACCAGGUUGUCGAUGGCUUGCAGGAAACUGAAAGACAAGCACAAGAAGGAAAGAACAUUGGAACAACCAAGAAGGGCAUUGGACCUGCAUAUUCUAGCAAAGCAUCUCGCACUGGCCUGCGUGUAUGUGACCUCCUGGGUGACUUUAAGGACUUCUCUACCAGAUUCAAGAACCUUGUCCACCAGUAUCAGUCCAUGUAUUCGUCCUUGACGGUUGACGUUGAGGACCAACUGAAAAAACUCAAGGAAUACGCUGAGAGAUUGCGGCCGAUGGUGAGAGACGGGGUCUAUUAUAUGUACGAAGCUCUUCAUGGACCUCCAAAGAAAAUUCUGGUUGAAGGGGCCAAUGCGGCUCUGCUUGACAUUGACUUUGGCACGUAUCCUUUUGUGACAUCGUCAAACUGCACAGUGGGCGGAGCAUGCACUGGUCUUGGAAUCCCUCCUCUGAAUAUUGGUGAUGUGUUUGGCGUGGCAAAGGCCUACACCACCAGGGUGGGAAUCGGAGCUUUCCCCACAGAGCAACUCAAUGCAGUAGGAGAGCUGCUGCAGACGAGGGGUCAUGAGGUGGGCGUAACCACGGGAAGAAAACGACGUUGCGGCUGGUUGGAUCUUGUCAUCGUCAGAUAUGCUCACAUGAUCAAUGGCUUCACAGCUAUUGCUUUGACAAAACUUGACAUUCUGGAUGUGCUGGAUGAAAUUAAAGUUGGAGUCGCCUACAAACUCAAUGGAAGAAGAAUUCCCCAUUUCCCAGCCAACAUGGAUGUUUUGCACAAAGUGGAAGUUGAGUAUGAGAAGUUCCCUGGCUGGAAGACAGACACAUCUGCGGCCAGGAAGUGGACCGACCUCCCAGCCAAGGCACAAAACUACAUCCGCUUCAUUGAGAACCACAUUGGAGUUCCCAUCAAGUGGGUCGGUGUUGGAAAGUCCAGAGAGUGCAUGAUCCAGAUGUUCUAAAAGGAAACCUUUACCCCCCCUUGAUGGAAGCACAGACAAUGUGGCAUGAGAGGCAUCUUCUCAUCAUCUAAAAUUAUCUUCUCCUCGUUAGUUAAUAAACAAAACAUCUAUAGAGCCAUUGAGAA